UAAGGGCAGAUCGGACCUGCAGGAAGGGGGAAGCAGCAAAGAUGCCCAGAGACAUUUGGAAGCAGGACCGGAGGAACCCAGUGAAAGCAGUGCAUUUGGAAGCUGCAAGGAGCCUUCACCUGUGGUCUGAGAGGCCGAGUCUGCGGCUUUGUCUCCAGUGCCUUCAGGAGAAAUCUCCAGGCCGGGCUUUGUGUCUUUUGUACAAUUACUACUGUUCAUCUCCUCCAGGCUUGCAACAUACGGGGAAACUUUCUGAAGUCUCUCUUUUUUUUAAGCUUUCUUUUAAUAGCUAUCAAUGUCUGAAGAAGUUACUUAUGCAGAUCUAAAAUUCCAGGAUUCCAGUGAGACCGAAAAUAUUCAGGAGUUUGACCAAGUUGGUGUGAAAGCACCUCCUGCUCCUUCCCAUGUGUGGCGUCAAAGAGCCUUGGCGGCUCUGAUUCUUCUGUGCCUUCUGCUGCUGAUUGGACUGGGAGUGUUGGGAAGCAUAUUUUACCUAAGUUUGAAAAUAGAAAUGGAAAAAUUGGAAGAGCUACAAAAUUUCAAAGACAAACUUCAGAAUAAUGUUUCUCUACAACUAACAUAUAAUAUGGAUAGUCUCAAGAAGAUCAGGAAUCUCUCUAGCACACUGCAAGAAAUGGCCACCAAAUUAUGUUAUGAGCUAUAUCAAAAAGAACCAGAGCACAAAUGUAAACCUUGUCCAGAGAAAUGGAUGUGGCAUGAAGACAGAUGUUAUGGAGAAUUAAAAAAGUAUGAGACAUGGAAACAGAGUGACUUAAUAUGUUCUAUUCACAAUGCCAGCCUGGUGAAGAUUAAGAACAAAAGUGUAUUGGAAUUUAUAAAGUCCAAGAAAUUCUAUAACUAUUGGUUAGGAUUAUCUCCCAGAGAAGAUUACAAAUCUAAUAAAGACUUGGAUGAAACAAUUAUCUCCUCUGACUGGUUUACAGGAAACACAAUUGACUUAAAUGGUGAAAUGUAUUGUGGAUAUAUACAUUAUAUGUAUGUUUACUAUGAUACCUGCACUAACAAAAAAAAUGUUAUGUGUGAGAAGUUACCUAAUCCAGUGAAGAUUGAGAGCAUACUAAUGAAUGAAAAACCAGAUGGAAGAAUGUAGUUAGUGUAACUAUUUUGCCUUAGCAACUUUAAGGUUCAUACAUCUUGUGGACCACACAAAUGAAAUAAAGAUGCUGUGAAACUAAA